UGACCUAGUUUUUUGACGGAACUAAAAGAGUUAGCUUCUAUAUAAAUAAGAUUUUAGGGUUUCAAUAUUGUCUACCAUUCACGGGGGCGGCGCAAACAAAACAGUUGAGUCAUUAGCCAAGACUGUUGUACAUAUAUUUUUCUAGAAAUUUAUGUUUUGUUGGUUGUUCUGUUUCACUCUAAAUUUUCAGACCAGUAGCUUUUACGAAAGAAAAAUCGAUGCAACCUGGAAACGCUAAGCGAUUGUAAUAAAGCAAAAUGUCUUUUGUCUUUUACCAUUCUCUCGGUAAAGAUUUAUCCUUUUCUUCAAUAUUAGGCUGGUCAGGUAUAUUAGUACAUGCAAUGCACCAUGUAGUUCCAACUAUUAAGGAUCUACGAAUAUUUAUUUUUCUUUUACAGCGAUCGAAUCUGAAAGAUUACAUGAGAUAUGUACAAUAGGAAUAUAUUUUAUAACAUCUUAACAACCGCACUAGCAUCGGCCAUGGUGAUACAGACGGCCUAGUUAUAAAAGUUUAUCAAGGAUUAUUAAAUUAUUUAACGAAAAUAAAACUUAAUAUAUAUAUGUACAUUUGCACGUGGAUAUUUAACAUAAGAUAUAGGUAAGACCGUAAGAGUCAGAAGCGAGGAGAAGUAGGAAGAGAGAGGAUAGAUUAGAGAGAUGGACGAGAAGCUUGGAGGGCUAGGACACAUAUUGACGACGGUUUUCCUGUCAUCAUUCGCCGGAUUCUUGGUAAGGCCGGUCAUGACUGACGUCACCGUCGCUGCGGUUUGCUCUGGAUUAAACGAUUCAUGCUCUCUUGCCGUUUACCUCACCGGAGUACAGCAAGUGACAGUGGGACUUGGGACAAUGGUAAUGAUGCCGGUAAUCGGGAAUCUAGCCGACAGGUAUGGAAUCAAGGCAUUGCUCACCCUUCCCAUGUGCCUCUCUAUAAUUCCUCCAGCAAUAUUAGGGUAUAGAAGGGAUACAUUAUUUUUUUACACAUAUUAUGUGAUCAAGAUUAUCUUUGAUAUGGUCUGCCAAGGCACCGUUGACUGUCUCGCUCAGGCUUAUGUGGCAAAAAAUAUUCAUGGCACACAAAGAAUAUCAAUGUUCGGAGUUUUAGCAGGUGUCAGAUCAAUUUCCGCAGUUUGUGCAACAUUUGCAGCUCGUUUUCUACCCACAGCUUCGACUUUUCAGGUUACCGCUUUAUCAUUAUUCGUUGGCCUGGUGUACAUGAGAAUUUUCCUAAAAGAGAGGUUACACGAUGAUGAUGAAGAUGACUAUGAUGGUGGUGGUGAUGAAAGGAUGUUAACAGAGCCAAUUCUAGAAAAUGCACCAACAAGGACACAUGUCUUCUACAAUAAGUAUUCUUCUUUGAAAGACAUGGUCGCCUUGAUGAAGAAUAGCACCAUACUCGUUCAAGCAUUGGCCGUUACAUUUUUUGUUACUUUCUCACAAAGUGGAAUGGAGUCAGCUUUCUUGUAUUUUCUGAAAGCCCGUUUUGGGUUUAAGAAAAAUGACUUUGCUCAGCUCUCCCUGUUGGUUUGGAUCAUUGGUUCCGUAUCCCAGCUGUUUAUAUUGCGGAUAUUGGUUUCUGCCAUUGGAGAACGUAGGGUGUUAUCAACAGGGCUUCUUAUGGAUUUCUUCAACGCAGCAAUUCUCAGUGUUUCAUGGUCACCAUGGGUUCCUUAUGCCGCCACAGCCCUCGUACCCGGAGUGAUGUUUGUAAUGCCAUCUAUUUAUGGUAUUGCCUCAAGACAAGUUAGGUCCGCUGAACAGGGGAAGGUCCAGGGAUGCAUAUAUGGGGUAAAGUCAUUUGCAGAAGUCGUGGCUCCAUUUGUAUAUAGUCCAUUGACAGCAUUGUUUCUCUCCGACAAUGCACCGUUCUAUUUCCCUGGAUUCAGUCUUUUAUGCAUCGCCUUAUCUUUGAUGAUCGGUUUCCUUCUGAGUCUUCUGAUAAAAGAUGUUCCCUCUUCGUUAAUGAAGAAAACAAUUAGCAGCGCUUCAAACGAGGAAGCUUGACACGUUAAUAGUUCAUGAAGCUAUAUAUAUAAACUAUAUGUAUAUGCUGCGAGAUUUUUGUGAAUGUAAUGAAUUAAAAAAAAUAUCUAUAUACUUUUAAUCUUACGACAAAAUUUUGUCAAAGUAAUAGCAAAACAUUACAUUUUGUUGAAUUUAUUUUUCCAACUAACAAAGUUCAUGAAUUUACUAUUAAGCAGAAUUCAAAACAAAUUAAAAGAAAAAUGGUACAAAUUAGCGACACAAAUGUCACAACCAACAUAUUUAUUUGAUAUAUACAUUUAGUUCAUAUUAGAUUUAUUUUAUUUAGCAGCACAAAUUUCACAAUAGUCAUACUUAUUUUAUUUUAUAUACAUUAAUUCAUGACUACUUAAUACUCAUGUUCGAGAUUUGGUUAGGUAUGAAUCAAGUGGUCGAUUCGGACAAAUCGAGUUAACAAAAAAAACAGAGAUUAAUCAGUUAUUACUCGGGGAUUUAAUCAUUUUAAGUAUACAUAUUAUAUAUGUACAAUACUUACAAUGUAAUGCGCCGAUUCAGAUGAUUAUUCUGAUUCUCGUUCAGCUACAUCCAUGGUCGAUCUUUGCAUUUGUUAUCUUAACAUCGAUUUGAAACUAUUCGGGUUUUAAAGAUUUUUGUGGUUAAAGAUUUCAGUUCCAUUUGGAAAUUAUUAAAAUUUUGGUUUGGGUUAAGUUCAAAUAUUUGUGGGUUUGGUUCGGGUUCGGAUAACCCAUUAAAAUUAUUUUAAAAAAUUAAUAUAUACUUUAAAUUUUUCAAAGUCUAAAAAUAAAUUAAGAUAUUAUAUAUAAAUUUAAAUAAUAUAUUCUAAAAUACAUAAACUUAACAUAUAAAUUGGUAUAGCUUGAAUAUUUGGAUAGAAAAUCAAUAGAUAUUUGAAGUAUUUUUGGUGUUUUGAGUUUUGUUUAGAUAUUUUAAACAGUUACUUUUAACUAUUUGUAUAUAUUUUCAAAUAUUUUGAACAACUUUAAAAUAUCUUCUAUAUUUAGAUAUGUUUAUAUAUUAAAUCUAAAAAAUAGUAAUAUUUUAAGUAUAUAUUUCUCGGAUACAUUUGGGUAAUCCGAAACACUUCAGUUCAAAUCGAAUUUAGUUAUGAUUCUCUAGAUACCAAAAUUUUGAAUCCGUUCAAAUAUUUAACUAAUUUCGAUUCUGAUUCGAUACAAUUUUUUCAAAUAGGAUUUUUCGGAUUCGACAAGUUUCUUUGGAUUUGAGGUUUUUAAUGAAAUGAGAUGACAAAAUUUUAAUUAUACAAUAAUCUUGACCUGCGAUUUUAUAACUACCGCCUCUAUUUUUUCUCUCACAUUUAUUUCAAGUUUUGAAUCAUUUUUUACUCUAUUCUUUCCAAUCUUCGUAGAUCUAACAAAAACCGUGAUUUUUGACGUAAAUCAUAACAAAACGAAGUUUCUUCAAAAUUUCCGAGUUAAUGGUCGAUUAUUGUCGAAUCGCCAUGGUUGUUGGCCGUUGCACAUGUAAUCGCCGCCUAGCCGGCUGACCUACGUGAUCCCAACAGUCCAUGUGUAUCCAUAAUACAUUUUUCUUGUGUGACCCAACAGUAAACGUGGUCCAGAUAUCUAUCCUAUACUAAAAGCACGAUAUAGAGUGAUUUCACAGUGUCCACGUCGACAAAUUUAUUCGGCCAAUCAAAACAUUUCAAUAAUACACGUAUGAUCUCCUAAACUGUUGCUUUUGUAUGGGCUUCAAUGUGGUUUUACUGGGCUUCGUCGGUUUCAAUCUACCGGUAUAAUUAAAAAAAAAAAACCUGAGACGGAUAACACGAUGCUCUCUCCUCUAUCGCUUCGUCUUCACCGUUUUCUCUCCAUCCUUUCAGUUCUCUCGAUCCUCAUAUUAUAAAUAUUCGGCUUUAAGGAAAUCGGAGAAGGAAAGAAGGAGACCAUAUUGACAGACAUGCAUUUGAAGAUCUUCACAACCACAUCAAGAGCUCGGCGGUGAUCGUGACGGAGCCCGAUUUCAACGCCAAGAUCUGCCACUUCGGCACCGGGCAGCUCUGUGGGGAAACAGACGGAUCGAGAGAUUCCAAAGCCGUUUGAUUCGAAGGAGUGAUAGGAUACAUGUCGCCCGGAUUUUCAGGCUUUGGGGGUUGCGACUCAGGAAUCAGACGUGUUCGCCUUCGGAGUCAUGAUGCUUGAGCUUCUCUCCGGCGAGGAGUCGUUGAAGUAUAGGUAUGAGAAAUCGACCGGGGAUUUUGAACGGACUUCGGUGAUUGAAACCGCGAAAGCGGUGGUUGACGGCGGAUAUGGUGGUGACGUAGGGGGCGGUUGAGGAGGUGGAUGGAUCGGAGGUUGGGGGAUUCGUUUCCGGUGACGGUGGAGGAGAAGUUAAUGCGGUUGGCGCUGGAGUGCGUCGAGGAUGAGGCGGUGAACCGGCCGGAGAUGGGAAGAGUCGCCGGAAAGAUAUCGCAAUUGUAUUUGGAAUCGGAGAAAUGGUUGGCGAAUAUGAAGACUUCCUUUCCAGGUUUCAGAAGUCUCAUUUCUUUGUUAGGAUCGCAGAGUCUGGUGAGCCGCUUUGGUCAAAGAAACCUCUGUGUUGGGAGAUACAAAGCUAGAGGAAAAGCGGGAAAAAGAGACCUUGUGUUAGUGCUUUUUUAGAUAGAGGAGAGUUUGAUCUUAAUGUUGCUGGAGGUGUAGCAAGAAGUAAGGCAAAAUGUUGUGCCUUACCCAAUGGAGACACAUGAUGGUAAUUCUUAUAAGUUGUUGUUUUAACCUACUGAUUCUCACACAAUGCCUUUAUUUGGAAGGGUGAAGGUCUCUUUACAAGUUUAUAUCGCUGACUGUCCCAAUGAACCAAUCAUUGAGAUACUGCAGUUUGAGAAGCAUCAAGACAUGGACCAACUUUCUGAUCAUGAACACAAGGAUCCAUAUGGGAACCUUUUGAAGUGGUUGAUACCGUUGGAUAACACUAUUUCUCAGCAACCCCGUUACCUCCUAUAAGCUCUACCCCAGAUAUCAGCAGCAGUGCACACAAGCCAUUACUCUCUUCUGGCUCAGGAUCUCAGCUCUUCUCAUUCGUCCAUUUUAGAAGCUACUCCAUGUUAGCUCUGCCGGCGCCGUGUUUAUAGUUUCUGUACGUAUGUGUUUGUGGAAGCAGUGCACACAAGCCAUUACUCUCUUCUGGCUCAGGAUCUCAGCUCUUCUCAUUCGUCCAUUUUAGAAGCUACUCCAUGUUAGCUCUGCCGGCGCCGUGUUUAUAGUUUCUGUACGUAUGUGUUUGUGGAAGCAGUGCACACAAGCCAUUACUCUCUUCUGGCUCAGGAUCUCAGCUCUUCUCAUUCGUCCAUUUUAGAAGCUACUCCAUGUUAGCUCUGCCGGCGCCGAACACUGCACCAGUUACUGGACCGUAAAAACUGAAAGCUCCAAACCAUCAUUUGACCUUGAAGACUGGAACUGUUACUCAGGUCAAACAUUAUGGAACGGUCACAAGUCUGGGACUGAAGAGCUCUUAUCUUUCCGGGGUGUCCCUUUGGAGCGGGAUAAAUUCUCUGUUCGUUGGGACGUGAAGGCAUAUGCAUUCCUGGUAAGAAGAUGGAGGAAGAAACUCGAAAUCAUUCAACCUAUUGAUAUCAAUUCUUUUACAGCUGAUUGUAAUACAGAUAAACAUUUAAUAUAAAUAGUUUUAAAUUUUUAUAAUAAAUUCUAAUGUAUAUAUGUAACAUGGUCAUAUUUAAUAUAAUAUGGGUAUAUUUUGUUAACU